UUUUUGACAGCGUUACUGUGGUGUCGUUGGGGGGGAGAAAGAUGGCGGCGUCCAAGGUGAAGCAGGACAUGCCCCCUCCUGGAGGAUAUGGUCCGGUGGAUUAUAAAAGGAACCUCCCCCGCCGGGGCUACAGCGGGUACACUAUGUUUGCUAUAGGUAUAGGCGUGACAAUAUUUGGCUAUUGGAGACUUGGUCGGUGGAACAGAGAGAGACGACGACUGUACAUUGAAGAUCUAGAGACCCGUGUGGCACUGCUUCCCCUCUUCCAGGCAGAAUCUGAUAGAAGGAUAUUGCGUGUUUUGCGUGAAAACUUAGAGCAAGAGGCAAUUAUAAUGAAAGAUGUACCAGGCUGGAAGGUUGGAGAAUCUGUCUUUCACACGGACCGCUGGGUCACUCCCACUCUAAAUGAGCUUUACAACCUUCGUCCUAAGAAGGAUUAUAAUAAGGAAGCAUAUGAUUUUAAGUGGUACGUUUGAGCCACCACAUACUGUUUGUCUGUACAAUGUUAUAAAUAAAAAAAAUAAAACCCUCUCUGAACUUCGA